UGCCUAGCAACGGUUCUACGCUUUGCUGAUCCAUUCUGGUCUAGCAACGGAUUUUCUCUAGUUUCGUUCCAGAUAGUACCUUCGCAGUGUGUUAUGUUACAACUGAAACUCUUUGUGCACCAGCAGCAGCUAUGGAUUCGGUUCAGAUGAUAGCACAUAUCGAAAAGUCCUUGGAUUAUUCAGUCUUCGACGUGAAAUGGAUUCCAUGUUCAGCCAAGUUCGUAGUGAUUGGAUCGAAACCGAAGGGCACCGGUAUUUUGCAGGUGUAUCAACUGAAUCGCGGUGAGUUGGAUAAGCUGAAGGAAGUUGAAAAGCCAAAGUCUUUCAAAUGCUGCUCAUUCGGAGCAUCUCGUUUGCGAGAGACGCAGCUCGCCGUGGGCGAUUUUGUUGGUAAACUGGCUAUCUAUGAUGUGGAAAGGUUAGGUGAUGCAGUUUAUCAGGUGGAAGCCCAUUCUGGAAUUAUAAACGCGAUUGAUGCAAUUGGGGGUACCACGAUUAACUGUGGGGCACCUGAGAUUGUAACCGGAGGAAGAGAUGGUUCAGUAAAAGUAUGGGACCCCCGACAAAAGAAUUCUCCGGUAGCUCACAUAAGUGGGGCAGGAGAUGGCCCGGCCGAAAAUCGUGACUGCUGGGCGGUUGGAUUCGGUGAUUCACACAGUCAAACCGAGCGCUCUGUUGUUUCUGGCUAUGAUAAUGGCGACGUUAAAUUGAUUGAUCUUCGUGUGAUGAAGGAACGAUGGGCGACGAAUGUAAAGAAUGGGGUUUGCGGUAUUGAGUUUGACCGUAAGGAUAUAAAGAUGAAUAAGCUAGUCGUUAGUACACUCGAGGGUGGGUUGCACGUGUUCGAUAUGAGGACUCAGCAUGCCGAGAAAGGGUUUGCUCAACUGACGGAAAAGAAUGCUGCGCAAGCUCUGGGAACAAAUGGAGUUAUAAGUGGAAGUAAAUCGACAGUUUGGUCGGUGAAACAUUUACCUCAAAACCGCGAUAUAUUUGCAUCGUGUGGGGGAUCUGGCAAUAUUCGGCUGUGGCUUUAUCAUUAUCCCGAGAAACGAAUCAAAACCUUGGCCAGUGGUGACGAGCAGGGUGUCGUCGGUACUCUGGAAAUGCUGAAUGCUACAACGCUGUCCACGCAGCCUGUGCAUGCAUUCGACUGGAGCCCAGAUCGUCAAGGGCUGGCUGUUUGCGGAGCGUUCGAUCAAACAGUGCGUGUUCUAGUUACAACCAAUUUGCAUCUACAUUGAAGUCACACUUUCUGUGCAGCGUUGAGGACUAUUUUGUGUUAGUUUUUAGAUUAUUAAACGAUUUUUGUAUAAAAAUAAAUAUUUGUAUUAUUGCG